AUGGUCGAUCGCUCAACAGACAAAGGUGCUUCAGCUGCUUCUAGCAGCUCAACCACAGCUUCCAAAAGCAUAUCUCAUGCCUCGAAGAAAGAUAAUGAAGGAACGGAAACUUCAGCUAAAAAACCAAAAGAAAUAGCAAAAAUUUCAUCGACAUCUGCCGCUGGGAAAGAAGAAACAUAUCAUGAUUGCAGGAUUUAUGUGAGCAACAUCCCGUUCAGUUACCGAGAUGUAGACCUCAUCCAGAUGUUUUCUCCGUUUGGCAAAGUAUCCAAUGCAGAAGUUGUUAUGAAUGAAAGAGGGUCCAAAGGAUUUGGUUUUGUCACACUCGACAGCAAGGAAGCAAGUGAAGCAGCGCGUGCCGCUCUUCAUGGUACAGUUAUACAAGGCCGCGUCAUCGAGGUCAAGAAAGCCACUGCUAUGCGUCGACCUUCCUCUCAGAAUCGUUCUGCACAAGCUCUUUUGCCGGGCCUCUUUAUACCUCCCACGAUGGCACGGUCGAUUCCGCUGUCUCCGAGCAUUGCUAUGUUGAAGCAAGGCUUGCUCUCUCCUUCACCGGCUACAUCCUACCUCAAUUCGGAUCAACUCACUGCCAUAUUAGCAGCACAAAACCAGAUUGGACUACAACCGUUGAUCAAUCCGCUUGCUGCCAGAGAUGGAGCACUGUCUUCAAUGCUUAUUCCUGGGCAGCUUCCUCUCCAACAAAACCCACUUCUGGCAGGAGCAUUGCCAACGUUUCAAUUGGGUGUCUCACCCGUGCCACUACAGCUGCUUUAUACUCCGUAUCCAUCAGCUAUCAGCUCCUCAGCGCCACAAUUUGCUUCCGCAGCUCCGACUACAGUCUUUCCAGCCUCUGCUUCCGUGGCUUACAAAAUCCCGCAGAACUCAAAUCAAAUGAUUCCCACUAACGGAGCUUUCUCUGCAAACAUGUUCAAGACGCAAAUCCAACCUGCAACUUCUGUAGGAUACUUAGAUGUUCUCGGAUCGUUAGGCAUAGGAACUGGCAUUAUACCGCCAGGGAGAGCGGCUCCUUUACGUAUGCAGGAAAAUCCUCAGGUACCAGCUCUUCGCUCUCUUGACCAGUCAUGCGUGAUCGACACAUCGUUUCACGGAGAACCUCUGAAAGAAGGCCAAUUUGGAGCUAUUGGAAGAGCUGUACCAUCUACAUCCAUUAGCAACGGCACUCAAGUGAGUUCUGGAAGCUCUGAGUUUCCCCAACUGUCCUCUGUGCCUUUGGAUGAACGCGGGUAUGGAUGCCUUACUGAUUCUACUGACGGCACAUCCUUCAUUCCUCCUUAUCGCCAGUUCGACGGCUCUGUCGAUCGUAACGGUCGAAAACGUCAAAAUACUAUAGAUGAUUACUACCUCAGUAAAAAGCAAGCAAAAUCGAUGUGA